AUGGGUGUCGGUGCACCAUGCCGCCGUGUCUUCUUUAUCAGGUUACUAAGGUGGAAGUGGAACUGUGGCAAAAAAUUAACCGAAUUUGUGCCAGACAUUGUUGAAAUUCUCGCAAAGUACGACCUUUUGCAAGUUUUAAUCACUUAUAUUCUCACAAAUGAUUUCCCUAUAAAAACUCUGUGGAAAAAAACUGUCAAUAAACAUGUUCGAGAGCAAUAUGAUCGUGUUUGGCGAGAAAAGAUUAGUAAAAACAAUCAACUAUAUCUCUACUCUAAGGUUCAUACAAAGAAUGAAGUUUCUCAUUGGUGGAUAAUAGCAAGAAAGAAUCCAUCCUUCAUGAAGGAGAUUAAUAACGUCAUAAGACUAAUUUGUGGCUCAUACAAGGUCAGGGGGAAGCGUGUGGAUCAUCCUAAUACGUACAUUGACUAUUGUGACUCAUGCAAUCGUAACUAUUUAAAUCCUGUUACUCAUGCUCUGCUUUAUUGCUUAGGUUCGCAAAACGAGCGUGAACUAUUGUGGGACUGG